AUGGAACCAGAGUCUGACAAAAUAGAGCAAGAGAAAAUGGUAGUGCAGAGGAAGAACAAAUUGGAAAUGAGUAUGUUUAGGAAUACAGUUGAGGAUUUUGAAAGGAAAGUAUCUGUUCCAUCUAGUCAUGGCAUUUGGUUGGUCAAUCCUGAUGAGUUCUUUUUAUUUAAUAAAUUGAAAAAUAUUGCAAUUCCAGAUAUGAACAGUGUUUAUAUUGGAAGACAAAAAUAUAAGAUUAAAGAUUUUUGAACGCUCUUUCGCUGUUCUUUUCCUAAUAAAACAAGUAAAUUUACUCUGCAUUAUGGUGAUUUGGUUCCAUUUCCAAGAUAUUUCACAGAUUUUAUCAGAAUUGCUCCUAGGAUUGAGCAUACUGUCACUCUGCACGAUUUGAUCAUAAACAGAAAACAGCUAAAAAGACUGUUUGCCGCUCUCAAACAUUUAAGAUUAUUAAAACUCAUAAGAGUGAAGUUUACAGUUCCUGAAAUUCCUGACUUCUCAGUGGCUCUGAAAAACACUAAGCUUGAAGAGUUGGACUUCAUGAGAUGAGGACAAUUAAAUAGAUGCGACUGGAAAAAGAAGAACAAACACGAAUUUGGUAAUUUGAUCAAAGGCUUAGCAACUUCAGAUGACAUGAAGAAAAGUCUAAAAUCUAUAUCCGUAAUUAGCUGUAGAUUAGAUGAAAUUUCCUCAAAGAAACUGCUGAAGGAUCAUGGUCUUGGACACGUAAAGAUUAAAUUUUAGUUCAAUUUGUAUGCA